CACACAGCUCUGAACCAUAUCUCAUCUGCAGGGCCCCACCCCAGCGCCAAGCGCCAGAUUUUCUCUGUGCAUCGCAAGCUUACAAUUUCUAGGGAAGUCUCGUCGUCGCCAAGAAGGCAGAGGCAGAGGCAGUUUGGUUUUGCAUCCGUGUGUGUUUUUCUUGUGUUUUGCAGCAGGGGAGCAGAGAUGGCCACUGCAUACGCUCCUCCCAUGGCGAGCCAGCUGAUGAAGAGCAGCUUGUCCAAGCCGAGGGGGCUGCCCGGUGCCUCGCUCACGAGGAGGCCCCGCUUCACGAUCAAGGCCAUCCAGCCGGACAAGGCAACGUACCAGGUGGUGCAGCCCAUCAACGGCGACCCCUUCAUCGGAAGCCUGGAGACGCCGGUGACCUCCAGCCCGCUCGUCGCCUGGUACCUCUCCAACCUCCCGGCGUACCGCACCGCCGUCAGCCCGCUGCUCCGCGGCAUCGAGGUCGGCCUCGCCCACGGGUACCUCCUCCUCGGCCCCUUCGCGCUCACCGGCCCGCUCCGCAACACGCCGGUGCACGGCCAGGCCGGCGCCCUCGGCGCCAUCGGCCUCGUCUCCAUCCUCAGCGUCUGCCUCACCAUGUACGGCGUCGCCUCCUUCGGCGAGGGCGAGCCGUCCACGGCGCCGACGCUCACGCUCACCGGCCGCCAGAAGGAGGCCGACAAGCUGCAGACCGCCGACGGCUGGGCGCAGUUCACCGGCGGCUUCUUCUUCGGCGGCGUCUCCGGCGCCCUCUGGGCCUACUUCCUCCUCUACGUGCUCGACCUCCCCUACUACUUCAAGUAGGCCGACCGAUCAAGAUUUGAUCUUUGUUUGUAUCCCGAUGGCUGCAAAUGCAUGUGUAGAUCGAUGGGUCAUGUGUUCAUGUGGUGGCCAAUCGAGUGCCUGCUUGAUCUUUGUAUAAAUGGAGAUGAUAUACUGCAGAUCUAAGAGCAGUACAGAGGCUGCAUGAAUAUAUGGAUGGUGUGCUGUUGUAACUUGGAAGUGUUAAUUCCUUACUUGGAUGCAGAUAAUUAAUUUACCAGGAAAAGAAAAAAAGGUUUAACAAUAA